GUCCGGUGGUACUAAGUACUCACUUAACCGCUUCCCUUCUCGCAUCUACAUUCAAGUCUCAAGAGCUGGAGACGACGCGCGGAAUGAUACCCACAAAUCGAACAGCAGCCUCCUCUCUCCUCCGCUCUUCUACCCAUGUUCAUCACAUUCCGCGGACUUUGUUGGCUGCAGAUGUGAGCAGCAGCACGAAAUAUGCACGGACACUGCAAACGAAGGCAUCUGUGGUCGGAUCCAUGGGGUGCCAACCUAGGAUGUUGAUACAACCUGCUGUUGUACGGAGAAGAUUUGCAACCGCCACUCCGAAUACUCCCACCUUGUCGUCGGAACGAAAGCCUCACUUUGACAAAAUACUGAUUGCGAACCGGGGUGAAAUUGCGUGCCGUGUGAUUCGCACUGCAAAGAAGCUCGGCAUAAAGACUGUAGCAGUAUACAGCGAAGUUGAUACAAACUCGCUGCAUGUCCUUGAAGCAGACGAGGCCUACUGCAUCGGCCCUGCGCCUUCAGCUGAGAGCUAUCUGCGCAUGGAUAAGAUUAUUGAAGUUUGUCAUCGAAGUGGAGCUCAGGCUGUCCAUCCGGGCUAUGGUUUCUUGAGCGAGAAUGCGAAAUUUGCAGAGCGACUGGCAGAAGAAGGCAUUGUUUUCAUUGGACCGCCCUCCAGCGCUAUUGUCAGUAUGGGUUCGAAAAGCGAAUCUAAGAACAUCAUGUCUGCUGCUGGUGUUCCUUGUGUGCCAGGUUAUCACGGCGCGAACCAAGACGCCGACUUGUUAUUUGCAGAAGCUGAGAAGAUCGGUUACCCAGUCUUGAUUAAAGCCAUUCAUGGUGGCGGUGGCAAGGGCAUGCGCGUCGUUUCAUCUCCAUCGCAGUUCACGGAUGCCCUUGCUAGCGCACAGCGCGAAUCCUUGAAAAGCUUCGGUGACGCAGAUGUUCUCGUAGAGAAGUACAUCGAGCGUCCAAGACAUGUCGAAGUGCAGGUAUUUGCAGAUACGCUUGGGAAUACCGUGAGUCUAUGGGAGAGAGACUGUUCUGUGCAAAGAAGAAACCAGAAGAUUAUCGAGGAGGCUCCAGCACCUGGCUUGAGCCCUGAGCUUCGCGCAGACUUAUCCUCGAAAGCGGUUGCUGCUGCAAAGGCCGUGAAUUACGUAGGUGCUGGCACUGUCGAAUUCAUCUUCGACAACGAUACGGAGAAUUUCUUCUUCAUGGAAAUGAAUACCCGCCUGCAAGUUGAGCACCCCGUCACGGAGAUGAUCACUGGCCUUGACCUUGUCGAGUGGCAACUGGAAGUCGCAGCUGGUAAUCCUCUUCCGCUUUCUCAAGCACAAAUUCCUCUCGUUGGGCAUGCAUUUGAGGCGCGGAUAUAUGCCGAGAACCCGCGAAACGAUUUCCUACCAGACUCUGGGCCACUCUUGUACCUUGAUACCCCGAAGCCAACCCAUGUCUUCGCUCCUCCAAUCCCAUCACUCCCUAAUACCGAUUCGUGUUCAGAAUUGGACUCGGUGAAACGCUCGCCUGAUACCUCAACGUAUGUGGCACCGUCAAUGCGCUUGGAACAAGGUUUCACACAGGGGGCGCAAAUUGGUGUGUUCUAUGACCCGAUGAUUGCCAAGCUGGUGGUACAUGGGCGGGAUAGACCCUCCGCGCUUCGUGCUCUUCGCCGUGCACUUGAAGGGUAUAAGGUAGUCGGUGUCUCGACCAACGUCGAAUUUCUGAGAAUGCUCGCUGGAAAUGAGGCAUUUGUUAAUGGAGAGGUUGAAACCGGUUUCAUCAAGAAACACUACGAAGACCUGUUCCCAGCUGUCGAAAGUCCCUCAGCUGAGUUGCUGGCACAAGCAGCGCUGUUCGUCGCACUACGAGAACAUCCGAUCCAGUCUACAAGCCUUUCGACACCAUGGACAACGCUGACUUCAAGACGCUUUGGCGGGGAUAUUUAUGAACGCACCAUCUCCAUCCAGCUCGAUGAUGCAACCGCAGAACCUACGCGGGUUUCUCUGAAAUCCAUCUCUCCAGGCCACUUCGACAUAGCUGUUCACUCUGACACACCAAAGACGUUCACAGGUGUCUCAGCACGCCUGGUUUCACCUACAACAUUGAGUACGACGCUCAACGGAGCUUCAACAGAAAUAACGAUUGUGUCACAGCACCCACCUGUUUCCCUCUCCGCGUCACGUGCGACAAACUCUAUGGAGCGCUUACACGUGUUUUCAGCGUCAGGAAAUAAGACCACGCUAGCUGUCCCACCUCCUGCAUACCUCCUCUCCCUUGGCCAGGAUGCUCUUACCGCAUCCAAGGGUGCCUUGCGUGCCCCGAUGCCGAGUUUAGUGGUAGAGGUGAAAGUUAGCAUCGGCGAUCGCGUUGAGAAGGGUCAGCCGGUGGUGGUGUUGGAGAGUAUGAAAACGGAAACUGUGUUGCGUGCUGAGGUGGCGGGUGUUGUUAGUGCGGUGGGAUGUGCGAAGGGGGAGAUGGUGGAGGAGGGGCAGGAGUUGGUUGACAUCAAGGACAAGGAAGAGGAACAGUAGGUGUGGUUUGCGUUCGAUUUGUAUUUUAGUCGAUAUUAAGCGCACGCUAUUUUCACAUGGACUUUCAUUACUCCUUCAAGGCUUCGGUGAUGAAAUUACCUCUCGGGACCGGUACGGGUCAAAACUACGCAAAUGAUUCAAAUCGAAACAGACCCCGCCCCCGACUAACACAAGUAUACCACUGCAUUUAUAACGCAAGUUACAAAAAUUAAACAAUCGAUACGACAUGAACCGCC